AUGGUCCGCCACAAGAAGGACAUGUCCAACAAGGGCAAGCGCUUCGCAAGCGGCCGUUCUGCUCGCCCUCUACCUCCUGCCCGCGGUGAGGAAGGAGAGAUCGAUCCUGCUGCCUCCAAGCGCCCCCCUUACAAGGCUGCCGCCUGGGACCUCGGUCACUGCGAUGCCAAACGAUGCAGCGGCAAGCGUUUGAUGCGUCUGGGUCUCAUGCGUGAAUUGCAUGUUGGCCAGAAGUUCGCCGGUAUUGUCGUUUCGCCCAAUGCAAAGACCAUCAUCUCGCCUGCCGAUGCCCCACUUCUCGAGCAGUACGGUGCUGCUGUUGUCGAAGCCAGCUGGAAGCGUAUUCAAGAAGUCCCCUUCAGCAGAAUCGGAGGCCCUCACCAACGACUCCUCCCCUACCUGAUCGCUGCAAACCCAACAAACUACGGAAAGCCUUGGAGAAUGAACUGUGUUGAGGCUCUUGCUGCCUGUUUCUACAUCUGCGGAAAGAAAGAGUGGGCCGAACACAUUCUUAGCACUUUCAGCUACGGCCAGGCCUUCCUCGACAUCAACGAAGCUGUCCUCAAACGCUACGCUGCCUGUGAGGAUGAAGCUGGUAUCAAGAAGGCCGAGGCAGCUUGGUUGGAGAAGAUUGAGACCGAGUACGUCCAGGACCGCGCCGAGAGAGAAGCCAACGAGGAUGACGCAUGGAGAGGAGGCAACUUGAAUCGUACUCGCAUGCUCGACGAGUCCGACGAAGAGGGAAGCGACCAAGACAGCGAUGGUGAAGAGAAGGAAAACAAGGAUGAGGACGACGAAGAUGAAGAAGAGGAGGAUGACCACGAUCCUUACGGCAUGCCACCCUCGGACGACGAUGAGGAAGAAAUGGCUGAGCUUCGCCGCCGAGUUCUUGCCUCGAAGCCUUUCCAAAAUCCUGCUCCUGCUGUUUCGGACGACAAGCCGCAACCAGGCCGCAUUGCACAGACUGAACCUAAGCCUCUCCACGACUCAGAUGAUGAGUCAGGCUCAGAUGUUGGCGGCGCUGAAGACGAUGAUUUUGACAACAUCAUGAAUGCCACCCCGGUCCUGGACCGCUCAGGAAUUGGUGCAAAGCAAAAACAAAAGGCCCAGGAUCAGAUUAGUGCUCGAUUCUCGAGGACUGUCAUCGAUGCUCCAUCGAAGUGGCCUCCGGGUGCAUGA